AUGUCCGACUUGCCAAGUAUCAGAAUCACACAAUCACUUCCCUUUGUCAAUUCUGGAUGUGAUUACGCUGGACCAAUUACUCUCAAGGAUCGAAAGGGUCGCAACGCUAAGAAGUCAAAGGGAUACAUAUGCCUCUUCGUGUGCCUCGUCACCUCGGCACUACACCUGGAACUAGCCACUGAUCUCAGCACGGAGACAUUUCUAGCCGCUCUGAGAAGAUUCAUGUCGCUCCGAGGAAAAUGUGCACAAAUCUACAGUGAUAAUGGCAGGAACUUUGUCGGAGCAAGGCGAGCAUUGGACGAGAUGCAACAACUUCUGGCAUCUUCACAGCAUAAGGAUCGAGUCUCGCAGACAUUGGCAGAUGAAGGCAUUAAAUGGGUCUUCAUUCCACCGUACGCACCUCACUGGGGAGGAAAGUGGGAGUCUUCCGUAAGAUCAGUCAAGCUUCACCUGCGCCGCGUCAUUGGCAACACUAUCCUAACGUUUGAACAGAUGCACACCCUAUUAGCACAAAUAAGUGCAGUGGUAAACUCAAGACCACUGUACUAUACACCGGACACCGACGUCACAUAUCUGUCUCCAGCACACCUGUUGAUAGGCAGAUCAUUCACAACAAUUCCCGAAGGCGACAUGAGCCACAUACAGGAAAAUCGACUGGACUACCAGGCACCAGUAAUACCUAACUACGCUACAGCAUCGCCCCAAGUGGGGAACCACCCAACCCAAUGUGGAAUUGGGAACAGUUGUUCUCAUCCAGGAUUCGAAUACUCCGCCAGCAGCCUGGCCACUUGCAAGGGUCAUCUCAACUCACACAGGAACAGAUGGUAG